GCGGCAUGCCGGUUGCUGUGCCAGUCCGGGAAGGCGCACCGAUGAGGGUGCACGCGUCUCGAUCGCCGCCCACAACGACGAACGCGCGUACGCGAGUGUGUUCAAAAACUAACGCGUUUCAUAUCUGAAAACUUUUGUAUAUUUAUCGUAGUGACAGUGUGAACAUGAGGUGUUUAGUGGUUAUUCUGAGCAUGCUGGCGCUGGCGCAGGUCGCCGCCGGGGCCGUCGCUGGCGGCACCUCCUGCGCCCACUCGGAGCAGUUCUUCGCCAGGCACAACGUGUCAGCUGAUGAUAGCGGCGAACCAGGACAAAUAUGCGAUGGUCACUGCUGUGGACGGGGUCGCGAGGUGCGUCUGCGCGUUGCUUUGCGGAAAAUGGCAGAGGAGAGCGCCGCGGUGUCCACACGACGGACCGCCGAACUGAUGUUGUCCACCAGGCGGACGCUACAAGAACACUUAGUGGGACUGUCACAUAAGUCGCAGAACAAAACAGCACUGCUGUUCACGCAAGUAUACAGAGGGCAUGCGACGCGAACUCACGCGUCAGUGUCGACGCUCUACGAAGACAUCCGAAUGCUGCUAAGAUCGAACUCCGAACGCGACGGGGACGGCUUGAACUCGCGACCGCCGAAAGACCUGGUCGCGAGCACCAGGAAGUUCUUCAGAGACAUAUUUCCAGUCGCGUAUCAGAAUGUAUUAAAAUUGGACUCGAAGCCAUUCACUCCGGAGUAUGAAGCCUGUUUGAAGGACGCUUACGACGUCGUGCGACCGUUUGGAGACGUGCCGCAAGAGCUGGGCAUAUCAUUAUCGCGGUCGCUGGAAGCGGCGCGGGUCCUGUUGGAGAUGAUGACUGUGGGUGCGGGGGCGUUGUCCACCACUGAACACGUUCUAUCCAACGCCAAUGAGGAGUGCUCCAACAAACUGCUCAAAGCUGGUGGUUGUGCGCGCUGCGGGGGACAUGAUGCGAGACCAUGUCGGAACUACUGCCUUAAUGUUGCUAGAGGCUGCAUGGGAUCUCAGCUGGUAGAACUAGACGGACCCUGGGCCGGCUUCGUGGAAGGAGUGGAGCGCCUCACGAGGGUCGACGCUGAUGCGGCGCUCAGGGAACUCGACUCCAAGGUCUCCACGGCCAUCAUGUACGUCAUAGAGAACAAGAACAUUCUGGAAAAUAAGGUGAAGUCGGAAUGCGGCCCUCCGACGACCGUGGAAGCUGGCCUCACCCCGCCGCCACCGACACCAGGUUCUGUCAAACGGGACGACUUCCGAGCACCGCCGCCAGAGACAGAGCUCCUCCAAUUCGCUGCGACCCUGGCUUCCACGAAGAAACUCUUCAGCGGCCUCGCGGACCGGCUGUGUGACGAGACAGAAUUUGCAGAAGAAACCAAUGAUCAUUGUUGGAAUGGAGAAGCUAUUGGGGAAUAUACAAAAUCUUUAGUACCUUCUUCAUCGCUGGUCGACCAGAAGUACAACCCUGAGAUAACCAGCACCCCGCCUCAGGACCCAAGAGUUGCCACGAUAGCUGACAGACUUCAGCAAGCCAGACAGUUGCUGAUGUCUCACACGGGUACCGGUGAAGUGCAAGCGGAAGCGUUUAUGCAAGGAGACGAGGCCGGCGAGGAAGGCUCUGGAUCGGGUCGAAGCUAUUCCGACGACGACGCAUCCUACGACGCCGAGGGAUCUGGUGAAGAAGGCUCAGGAACGCAAGAUGUUGAAGGAAGACCGAUAGAAGGCAAAGAACCUACAUACACGUCCACUCCAAAAACGAAAGGAGCCUCAACAUCUCGUCCAUUGUUCUCAAUCAUCUUCACCACGGCGGUGCUGGCGAUGCUCGGACACUGCCUCACCUAAAGCGGCAACAACACCUCUGCGAACAAAAUGCGAUCACCGAACGGUGACAAGUAAGAAUAUCCAUAUCAUUGUGUGACGCGAAGUGUGUACAGAAAGUGUGCCUGCUACUAGUAGUAAUACUAUAAAAGACACUUGAAUUCGUUGUAGCUCAGUGUCAUUGGCGUAACAAAGGUGGCUGUUUAACUUAAAUUAUCGUUGGAAUGGAGUUUGUAAAAGGAUACUGAAUGGAAUGGCUUUCGAUUCUCAGGAAUUAGACUCCAAUUUUCUUCAGAGAAGUCUGAUUUAGUUUGAGUCAGUUUCCCUAAAGAAAAGUGACUCAAGGGGUCUCAUUUCAGAUAAUUAAUCCUAGUUACGCUAAUGGUCAAUAUCAAUACCGAGCACGAAAUUGUAGGAUAUAAUAUUAUAAUAGCUAGUCCCAAAUUAGUAUCAGAAUCCGACGCCACUUUCAUUUUAGUUUUUGUAUAAGAAUUUACAAAUCCAAUUUUAACGAUGCAUACCAAGCUGAAUUUGAUGCAUUUUUAUAUUUUAAAGUGUUAAAUGUACAGUGCAUAUCGGUGUUGUAUUCAUUUUGUAAAUAUUUUUUUAUCUUCGUAGUUUUAGGAUUUAGAUAUGAGAGCUUUACGAUACUUCUGCAUUUAAAUAUUCGAAGUGAUUAUCGAAAAAUUGUCAUAAUAAUAAGUUAUUUGAUGAAUCUUUUAAUCGUUGUUGAAGUAACUGAUUGGCAAUAAUUUUAUUAAGAGAAAUGUAUAACGAAUAGUGAUGAACAAUGAAGUAUGUACAGAGUGUAAAUACCUGAUGUCCUGGUAUAUAGGUGCUUAGCUAGUAAAUGUAUUUCGUUGCCAUAUUAAUAUUACGGAUAUUAUUAUUUAUAACAACGGAUUAAGUCAUAAUUUAAUAUUAUGUUAUGUGAUACAGUUGUAGUGAUUAAUUUUGUGCUCUAGCCGCGCCGAUAUAAAUCGACAUUAAAUAUCUUGCAAUGUUAAAUCUAAAGGAAAACUUAAUUAAAAUAUGUAACAGUAAAGUUUAUUUUAGAAUGAAUGUAUCAUCAUUUAUAUUCAUUUCAGAAAAUGGAGCUGAAUGUAUCACCUAAAAUGGUUAUAACUAUGCACAAUUCAAAAUAUAAUAAUCCAUGGCCUAUCUUAGAAUUAUUUCAAUGACUUAAUAUCAGAACAACCAAAACUGUAAUUAGAUAUUAUAAAGAGAAAAUUUUAAAAAUAAAAAAAUAUGUAGUUAUUACGAUAUUGUAAAUUGCUUUAAAUUAGUAAAUGAAUUGGAACGUGGCCGCCAUUUAAUGGCGCGCUGUUGAAAUUUUUGUAUAUGUAUGUUAGGUUAUGGAAUGUGGGAUGUAUGAGGACCAUACAAGGAACGUGGGAUAUUUCGACGUUAAGUAUAAAGACGUGAACAAUUGGAAAAUUAUAGUUCCCUGACAUAUUGUACUAUUUAUAAAUAAAUAUAGGCAAACUAAAUUAUCGUCAUUAUAAUGUCUAUAAAAAGUAAGUGCGUAAUAAAUUCAGCAAAAUUUUACCUCGUCUUAAGAGUAAGAAACUACGCCAGUUUAGACACACAAGCGUUUAAUUUAAAAUUGCAGAAAUCAUUUCAAACCUCUUGUUUACGAAACUGUUGCACGCUGAAGAACUCAAUGAUAUUAUAAUUAUAUUUUAGUACAUUAUGCCAUGGAACUUUUUAUUUCAAUGAAAUUGUUUAAAAAUGUACGAAAAAAAAGUGAACUUACGACGUAUUAUAUAAAUUUAUAACAAACAAAGAUAAAUGCUAAAAUAAAAAAAAAAACAUAAAAAUAAAGGAAAAAAAAUAUUGUAAAUGGAGGAUUUGUACGAAAAGACAAUAUUAUAAUAUUCACUUUUACUGAUUGCUUUUAAAAAAGACAAUAUUGUAAAGAAAUGUGUAUGUUCAGCUUAACAAGAAAUAUCCCGAUACAAAAAUGUAAAUAUUGUUGGGGCGUGUGUAAAGGAGACAAUUGCUGUUAUAUCUGAUUAUAUAUAUUAUGAAAAUAAAUACUGUACUAUACGA